AUGAACGACACCAUGUACAACGCCAUCCUGGUGGCGCUCCUGGCCGUGUCCAUCCUCCAGCUCCUUCGCCGGGGGGGCUCCCGGCGCCGCCCGCCGGGGCCGCGCACGCUGCCGGUGAUAGGGAGCGUGCACCACGUGGUGAACACGCUGGUGCACCGGCGCCUGCGUGACCUGGCGGCGGCGCACGGCCCCAUCAUGAUGCUCCGGAUCGGGCCGAUGCCGCUGGUGGUGGUCACCUCUCGGGAGCUCGCGCGCGAGGUGCUCAAGGUGCAGGACCCCAACUUCGCGAACCGGCCGCGGCUGCUCGUCGGCGGCAUCUGCGGCUACGGCUGGGCCGACAUCAUCUUCGCGCCCACCAGCGACUACUGGCGCCGGAUCCGCAAGCUUUGCAUCCACGAGGUGCUCAGCCCCAGGCGGAUCCUCUCCUUCCAGGGCAUCCGCGAGGAGGAGGUGCGGCGCCAGGUGGAGGCCAUCCGCGCGGCGGCGGCGGCCGGCGCGCCGGUGAACCUCACGCGGAUGGUCUACGACAUCAGCAGCCGGACCAUCUCGAGGUCGUCGUUCGGGGAGGUCAGGGACGACAUGCCCGUGUUCCAGGACGCCAUCAAGCGCGUCAUCGGGCUGUCCAGCGGGUUCAACGUGCCGGACCUGUUCCCGCGGCUCAGGGAGGUGCUCGGCGAGGCCAGCGGGAUGAAGCGCAAGCUCCGGGAGAUACACCGGACUUUCGACCGGAUACUCGUGGACAUCAUCGAGAAGAGGCGGAGGGAGCGCGCCGCGAGGGUCGCCGCCGGCAAGGAGAUCGUCGACGAGAACGUUGUCGACGUCAUGCUCACGCUGCAACAGCAAAACGACAACUCAUGGGGGUUCCCAGUCACGGACAACACCAUCAAAGCUGUCGUCUUGGACAUGUUCGCCGGCGGCACGGGGACGUCCGGCUCGUCGACGGAGUGGGCCAUGUCGGAGAUCGUGCGCAACCCGCGGGUGAUGAGGAAGCUCCAGGACGAGAUCCGGAGCGCGUUCCGCGGGAAGGAGACCAUCACCGAGACGGACCUCCGCAACAGCGACCUCAAGUACCUGAAGCUGGUGAUGAAGGAGGCGAUCCGGCUGCACCCGGCGGCGCCGUUGCUGGUGCCGCGGGAGAGCAUCGCCACGGCGGAGCUCGGCGGGUACGUGGUGCCCGGCGGGUCGCGGAUCGUGGUGAACGCGUGGGCGAUCUCGCGGGACCCGCGGUACUGGAAGAACCCCGAGGAGUUCCGGCCGGAGCGGUUCGCCGAGGACGGCGCGCCCGACUUCCACGGCCUCCACUUCGAGUUCACGCCGUUCGGGGCCGGCCGGCGGAUGUGCCCCGGGUACAACUACGGGCUCGCCGGCAUGCAGCUGGCGCUGCUGCAGCUCAUGUACCACUUCGACUGGAGGCUGCCCCCCGGCGAGGACGAGGUCGACAUGGAGGAGGCCAUGGGGCUCGGCGUGCGGAGGAAGAACCCUCUCAUGCUCUGCGCGACUCCAUACGUCCCUGCUCCGGCGGUGUCCGCCGGCUAG